ACUAAUUACCCAACGAUUGGUACCAGAUGCUACUCGUAAAACUGUGGCUGAAAGUUAUUUGGUUUUCCACAUGUCUCCUAAGAGUGGACGAGCAGUGUUUUCACUCACAACUGAAUCCAAAACAGAAACCUUGGCACCUUCUUUGAUAUUCGGUGAAAUCUGUCCCAUAUUCGAAGUUGGAUAUAGAAGUCAACAAAAAUGGUUCUGGAAAAAAAAUGAUGAUAUAUUAUUGUUAUAUAGGUCUUCCCACUACGAUCUAUUUCUUCCUGACACCAACCCACACUUUACAACUGGUAAAUGA